GCACAGUCUGCCUGACGCCAGUACAGAUCCCUUCUUGCCUUGCCUCGCCUCUGCCCAUUCCUGGCCACCUCAUCAGGACCAAAGUGUAGCUGCUAGCAGCAUGGCUACGAAGUGUAAGUGUGGCCCUGGCUACCCUAGCCCUCUGGAGGCCAUGAAAGGACCCCGGGAGCAGAUUAUCUACCUGCCCUGCAUUUACCGAAACACAGGCAUCGAGGCCCCAGAUUAUCUGGCCACUGUGGAUGUUGACCCCAAGUCUCCCCAGUAUUGCCAGGUCAUCCACCGGCUGCCCAUGCCCUACCUGAAGGACGAGCUACAUCACUCAGGAUGGAACACCUGCAGCAGCUGCUUUGGGGACAGCACCAAGUCGCGCACCAAGCUGAUGCUGCCCUGUCUCAUCUCCUCUCGCAUCUACGUGGUAGAUGUGGGCACUCAGCCCCGUGCCCCAAAGCUGCACAAGGUCAUCGAGCCCCAGGAGGUCUAUGCCAAGUGCAGCCUGGGCAAUCUCCACACCAGCCACUGCCUGGCCACUGGGGAAGUGAUGAUCAGCUCUCUGGGAGACCCCAACGGCAAUGCCAAAGGCGGUUUUGUGCUGCUGGAUGGGGAGACCUUUCAGGUGAAGGGGACAUGGGAGCAGCCUGGGGGUGCUGCACCCAUGGGCUAUGACUUCUGGUACCAGCCUCGACACAAUGUCAUGGUCAGCACAGAAUGGGCAGCUCCCAAUGUCUUCAAAGAUGGUUUCAACCCUGCUCAUGUGAAGGAAGGGCUGUAUGGGAAAAACAUACACAUAUGGGACUGGCAGCGCCAUGAGCUCAAACAGACCCUGACCAUAGAGGACGGGCUCAUUCCCCUGGAGAUCCGCUUCCUGCAUGACCCCGAUGCCAUUGAGGGCUUUGUGGGCUGUGCUCUCAGCUCCAACAUCCAGCGUUUCUACCAGAACGAGAAAGCUACCUGGUCAGUGGAAAAAGUGAUCCAGGUGCCUCCCAAGAAAGUGAAGGGCUGGAUGCUGCCCGAAAUGCCAGGCUUGAUCACUGACAUCCUGCUGUCCCUGGACGACCGCUUCCUCUACUUCAGCAACUGGGUGCAUGGGGACGUGCGACAGUAUGACAUCUCUGACCCACGGAGGCCCCGCCUCACUGGACAGAUCUUCCUGGGAGGCAGCAUUGUUAAGGGAGGACCCGUGCAAGUGCUGGAGGACCAGGAGCUAAACUGUCAGCCAGAGCCCCUGGUAGUCAAGGGAAAACGGGUCGCUGGAGGCCCUCAGAUGAUCCAGCUUAGCCUUGAUGGGAAGCGUCUCUAUGUCACCACAUCACUGUACAGUGGCUGGGACAAGCAGUUUUACCCUGAUCUCAUCAGAGAAGGCUCAGUGAUACUGCAGGUCGAUGUAGACACAGAGAAGGGAGGGCUGAAGCUGAACCCUGACUUCCUGGUGGACUUUGGGAAGGAGCCUCUCGGCCCAGCCCUGGCCCAUGAGAUGCGCUACCCAGGGGGUGACUGCACCUCUGACAUCUGGACCUGAAGUCCACCCCUCAGAACCGGCCUCCACGCUCUGAGCCCUUACUUUCCAGGGGCCUGGCUUCACUCUGCUUUCUCCUGUCCCUGACCCACGGAAGUUUGUCCCGCUAAAGCCAACUGAGACCACUGAAACAAACUAGUGGCAUUUCCUUUUCUUGACCACUAAUGCUUGUAGCUCACUGUUCCGAUUUUUAUAUAAGUUCUGAAAGUAGCAAGAAAUAAACUAGUGAAUUAUUCUCA